AUAAAGAUAUAAACCCAACAAAGUGACUACAUUCUUUCCUUAAAAACAGAAACAACAACACCAACAAACUUCUGAUGAAUGCAGAGAUGAACGGCGGUGGUGUGAAGGCGGCGGUGGGUGAUGAGAGCAUAAUAGAUUAUGUGUACAAGGUGGUGGUGAUCGGUGAUUCAGCGGUGGGGAAGACACAAGUGCUGUCAAGAUUCACCAGAAAUGAGUUCUGUUUGGACUCCAAAUCCACCAUCGGAGUUGAAUUUCAGACCAGAACUUUGACUAUUCAGUCUAAAGUUAUCAAGGCUCAGAUCUGGGAUACUGCCGGUCAAGAAAGAUACCGAGCGGUAACAAGUGCAUACUACAGAGGAGCAUUGGGGGCAAUGUUGUUGUACGAUAUAACCAAAAGAGAUUCAUUUGAUCACGUUGCAAGAUGGGUCGAAGAACUUCGGGCCCACGCAGAUAACUCGAUUGUCAUCGCUUUGAUAGGCAACAAAGUUGAUCUGGAAGAUAAGCGAGCGGUUCCAUCUGAAGACGCGGUGGAGUUUGCAGAGAAUCAAGGUUUGUAUUUCUUUGAGACCUCCGCCCUCACCGGUGACAAUGUGGAAGCUGCUUUUUUUAAGUUAUUAGAGGAAAUCUAUUCUGUAGUUUCUAAGAAGAGUUUGGACCAUGAUGCCCGAAAUGGGGAUUCCAUGAUACUAAAGGGGUUAAAAAUCGAUGUCAAUGGUGGUCCGGAUUUGGAGAUAAGCGAGAUGAAAAAGUUGUCGUCUUGCUCGUGUUGAAUACGACCUUGAUCGAGUAUGUUUCAACUAAUUUUGGGUGUUGAAGUUAUUUGUCGUGUGAUGUGUUGGUUGUAGAGUUUGAAGUGAAUCACGGAAUUCAUGCAUGUAAACCACAAAUAGUUAAUGAAGAGUACAUCAAUGCACCCUUGGCCCAAACCUAGAGGAUUUUAAAUAUUUGGGCCCUUAGCAUCAAUUUGGGCACGUUUUCUAUAUGGACCUGGCUCUAGUAAGUUUAUAGGGUGGUCUUAUAAAACAUUUUUCAGAACUUUUAAAAAUGUUUUUGAUUUUAUUACUAGUGUCUAACCUCUAUCUAUUCACUAGUGUGAAUAGUUUGCUUGGUCCAAGCUUGUAUGGUUUGAUGUUUGGUGUGCAAUUUGUGAUAUUUGAAGAUA